AUGAGCACGGCUCCCGAAGAGAAAGCGUCAAACACUCAGAAAGCUGAGGUUGCUGCUGAGACUGAGCAAGAAGAGGCUACUGAAGCUGUGAAGACCUCGCCAGCUCCUUCUGACGAGAAAGGCGCGACGAACACCACCAACAAACCUACCGUCGGGGAAGAACUUUUUCUGGUUCAUCUGUCUCGUGACAAGGGUGAAGAUCCCGAUUAUGACCACGAAAAUCGAAAGAAGCGAUCCAGGUCCAUUGGAGAUGAGCUUUGGGAGGUCCACGUGAAGAGGUCUAAGGGUGUUCCGCCUGAUUUUGACGCUGAAGAAGCCAAGAAGGAUACGGAAGUAGUCACCGAUGCGAAAAGCAAGAUAUCGAAGCCCAAACCUCGAGCGGACGCCAAGCCAGCGGGAUGCGCUGAAAAGAAGGUAUACCACCUCAGGACAAGGGAUGUCCUCAUUAUGUGA